AUGCAUCCCUCGAUUGCCAACCUAUCCUCGCGGCUGCACCUCUGCUCGGGGCAAGUGCCGCCACCUCUCGUGGGUGCAUCAGCAACGCUCGUCGAACCCUCCCACCAUGUCUCGGCGCAAGGCGGUGCAAAGGUGUACCUCUUCGGCGGUCGACUGGUGACGAGCCGUCGCAUGGUCAACACGCUCUACAUCCUCGAUCUGGACGAGAUGAGAUGGUCCAGGCUGACUCCCACCACAAAGCCAUCACUCGGACAGACCGAAGCAUCCUCGGAACAGCCGCGACCGCGCUACUUUCACUCGGCCGACCUUUGGCAAGACAAGAUUGUCUUCUUUGGAGGAAUGGGCUACUCGCAAGGUCAGCCAGAUCCCCACACAGGAGAACCGGCCGAAGAGCUCUGCGUUCUCGGUGAGCUGCUCGCAUUCGACCUCAGCACUCAGCAGUGGGACUACACCCUCGAUUUCGCAUCCCGUCGGCCAGCCACCGACAACGACCCUUCCACCAGCAUCCAAUCCGAAACACUUCAGCCUGCGCCUCGCUAUGCGCAUCUCUCUUCCUUGUCUGGCGACACGCUCUCCAUCAUCGGGGGUCAGAACCUCGCCAAUCAGUACGUCGAAUCCAUCAACCUCUUCAGUCUCUCCGAGAACAAGUGGAUUGGCGCACAACGCUUUCGAAAACAGUGCGGCAGUUACCGCUCUCUUGCUGUCGGCUCCAAGUACCUUCACAAGGAUGGCCAAAAGGCAAAGUGCUAUCCUCGCGCAAAGGAUCCCUUGAACGGCACAGACGCCACCGCCAGCACGCCACUCGCGAGUGCCCACACAACAAUGCCACAUGCCGACGUUGUAACACAAGACAUCGGACAGUCUUCAGACAAGGUCGAGCAAAAUCCUCUGCCCAUGAGCAGUCAAGCGGAGCCACAUCAGCCCUUGCCCGUCUAUCUCUACUCCAACUUCAACUUCACCAAUGUCAAGAGGGAGCUCGAGGUACUCACCGUCCGAGGCGAGGGAGAUACGGCUACCGGUUCCGAGACAGGCGUACCGCAACAGCGCGCUCGCAGCCACUCGAAUGCGUCCCAAGACUCAGCCAUCGAUGCAGACGGACCUCUGUCGUCCUUGCAAGCCGCAUCCCAGUCUCUGUCCGGUCCCUUCGUCUCGAUGGAGGAUCGCUCGAGUCACAUGGGCGGCGUCACUUUGCCCCCUGGUCUGCGUUUUCCUACUGGCGCACUCCUCGGUCCAUACCUGCUCAUCUCGGGCACCUACCUCGCCAAUGCGACGCAGAGCUUCUCCAUUUGGGCUCUGCAUCUGCCCACCAUGGCUUGGUCCAGAAUCGAGUCUGGCUCGGCUCUAUCGACCGGAAGCUGGAAUCGUGCCAUCUUGUGGCCGGGCAAGAACAGGCUCGUUGUGGUCGGCCACAAGGAGAGGGACCUCGUCAGCGACUACAACCAUCGCCAGACCAACUGGGAUCACGUCGUUGUGCUCGAACUUGAAGCCUGGGGGAUCUACCAGCCGCCCCAAUCCGUCCUUUCUGAAGCGGCCGUUCAACUGGGAUUGGACAAGUUAGCAGCGACCGCACCAUCAGCCAUGGCGUCGGCACAAGCGCUGGCACGUGGUAACGGGCUGACAGCAUCUUCGGCAGAUGCACAGAACACUCCCGACCAAGGCUUGGAUCAGCUCCAUCUCGGCGGACGCGGUGACUUUGAAAUCGUCUGUUCGGACGGUCUCCGCAUCGGCUGCGACCGUGCCAUUCUCGAAGCGCGUUGGCCCUGGUUCAAGUCCAAGAUGGACGAGUUUCGCAAGAAGGCGAGACGCACACUGCGAACUGCCUACCCUGCCGCACAAGAUCACCAAACCGGGCUGCGCGUGAUCCCAGAGGACAUUGCCGAAUUCCUCGCCGAAGAGGACGACGACGACGACGAGGCGGUAGAUCCCCUCAUGGUCCCAGCCAGCGCCCGAGACGACCCGCAAACCGACAAACAAAAGCUUCGCGAUCCGCGCUUCCAGCCUCGUCACCUGCAGAUCUCCGAGCCGUCUCCUGUGGUGCUUGCGCUGCUCCAGUUCGUCUACACCUUGCGCAUCUGCACCGCAUUGCAGCGACAUCCCGCUGUGGUGUGCGCGCUCAUGGUGCUUGCCAGAACCUACAACAUGGACGACCUUGCCUCUUGGGCGCGUCACGCUGCCCAUGUCGCUCUGGCCGACGACCUCAACCCCAAGGCGUCUUCUUCAUCCGGACGUCACGGUGAUCCGCUCUCUCCCUCGUCUUCCAAUCCUCAUGCUUUCGAUCCCUCCGAAAGCGGCGGUCUAGACCUCUUCCGCCCUGCAGAGUCGCUCGGGCUUCAUCCGGAUGAGAGACAUCGCCUGGCGGUGUGUCUGUACGAAGCUGCCUCGCUGUGUGGCUGCGAGGGACUGCAAAUUCGCGCCCUGCGAGUCGUCAUGGCAAUAGCGCGUUGGCUGCAGAAGCACGGCGCCGCUCCUGGCGCGGGUGGUGGAAGCGGGACUGGACCCGAAAGGCAGGGUCAGGGUCGAGGAGACGGCUCUUCGCGAGACCGAUCAGGCUCCACCUCUCACUUCGGCCCCGGCAGUAACGGUGCAGGCUCUGCUUCUUCGGCGUCCUCUCAGUACCGCGCUGGCUCGAUCAGCAGCUAUCGCGCGGUCAUGGGCGGCAUCUUCGCCGCUGGACCAUCGCCGCUGCUGCCGAUGCCGUCACCCGUGCCGUCCAUGUCGCGCGCCGGAUCCGACACCGCCAGCUCGCACGGUCCAUUGACACCCACCUCGGUCUAUCAGAGCUCCUUGCACCGUCGAGGAGAUUCGUUUUCCUCGUCGACCGAUGCUUCUCACACCGGGAGCGCACAUGCAAUUGCGAGCGAUGGUGACUCGCUCGAUGAGACGUCUCGGCCUGAGUUGCGCACAUUGCCGCCUACUCAGGGCUUCCCCAGCAGCCGCAUGGAGAAGUUCUCCUUUGCCGCGAUGACGCCGGACCUUUCAAGUCGGAUCAACGGCAUGGCUCCAGGUACAAUGGUGCUGAAUCUCGAUGCCAUGGACGCUUCAAUCCCGCCCUCCAUUCGCAAGCGAUACGGUCUGCUCGAUCGGACGUCGAGCCUGUCAGCAGGGACAGUGUCGGAGAUCGCACAGGCUGGGAGCUCGUCCGAUCCCAUCGACGUUGUCGACGAGACCGUCCGAGCAACAAAAGAAGUGCCAAGAGGCACGACUCUGCUCGAUCGCCGCGCCAGCGAGAGCACUAAUGGCAAAGCCAGCUCGAGCCAGCUUCUUUCGAGUGAUGACUGGUCGAAGCGAUUCCACCUUCCUCGUCACUCGAUCGCUUCGCACGGAACAGCUUCGCCGGCGCUCAGUUCGCCCGCACUUACGAUGGAUCCGAGCCGAUCGCAUUUGCAGGCUUCGACGGCUUCCUCGCCUGCCAGCGAGCAGUUCCCCGUCAACUCGUACGGAGCUCGAUCCGAGCGAGAGCAGGUAUCGCGUUCGGGGUCCCAGCACAGUCUGUCUACAGACACCAGUCCGGCUGCCAACAGUCUGGACCGAAUCGAGUCAGGCGUCCCCGAGUCCCAUGUCUCGACGCCGUUGGCAGGGAUCGUGAUCUCGAAGGACGUAUCGCAUCUUUCGCCCAAAGAGAUUGCCAAGUUGGAAAAGGAGGAGCGCAAACGCAUGGAGAAGGAGGAGAAGGAGCGGAAGAAGGCGGAAAAGGCCGAGUACAAGCGGCUUGCGGCGGAAGCCGUGUUUGGGCCCAAGGGAAGCUCGGGCCCGACGCCUGCGCCGACAAGCAGCGACUUUGCCGAGUACACCGCCGGCACGCAGGCGAGCGCGAGCGAUCAGGGCGCGAGGGGAUCGCCGUCGCGUCGAUCUUCAGAUGCGCGCUCGGGCACCAGCACGGCGAGCCCACGAACGGGCAGCAGUCUGAAGACGGCGUGCAGCCCGCGGCAUCCGGUCCCCCCUGCGCCUGUCAAGCGGGGCGAGUGGGCCGUGACGACCGCGACGGGCGGCGGACCUUGGUUUAGCGCGCCUCCGCCGUUCAUAGUAGCACCAGCUGGUCUGAGAGCGGUAUCGAAGGGCAACCGCAGCUCGAACUCGCUGAGCGGACGAAGCUCGACUAAAACGCGAUUGACUUCGUAG